AUGAGCCAAGGCGCUGCUUCCUCUUCGUCUUCUCUACCCUUCGACGACGACGGACUGAUGCUCGACGGGUCGGAAUCCGGUUGGGUGGAGGCCCGAACCCGCUGCGAUCACCUGGGUUUGCUGUCAUCGGAUCUCACCCAUAUUCCAACCCCGGAUACUGCUUGCUACGGGUGCCAACACCCUCAAGAGAAUUGGUUGUGCUUAAGUUGCAAAGAUGUUCUGUGUAGCCGUUUUGUGAAUAAGCACAUGCUCCACCAUUUUCACCAAAAGAAUCAUCCUUUGGCACUUAGCUUCAGUGACCUAUCAGUCUGGUGUUUCUCCUGUGAUGCAUAUCUGGACGCUCAAGCGAUCUUGUCCCUCAGGCCAGUCUAUGAAACUGCAUACAUUCUUAAAUUUGGGGAAGCUCCUCCGUUCCGGGCUGUCGUCAAUUUGCACCCUGGUGAGGACGGCGCAAGUGCUGCUCCUCCGGCCAAGUCGUAG